AGGAGGCCAAGGGGCAGAGCUUGAGCUAUUGCGGAGGGUGAAGUUCAGCAGGCAUGAUGCAGGCUCUCUGGGCUCUGUGGUUGUCUGCUUUUCCAGCUCUGCUUUGGGCUUCACCGCUGUUUCUGGAGAAGGAAAGCAAUGGCUCCAGAAUCUGUAAGCCUGCUCCGAAGUGGGAGAUUGAUGGCAAGGUUCCGAUGCAGGACCUUCUAGGAAAUGUAGUUGUUGUGGCUCUUCUUAAAGCGAGCUGACAUUUCUGUCUCACGCAGGCUACCAGGUUGGGAAACCUGCGUGACAAGCUGGUCCGUGGCAAGCUGGCUAACAUAUCAUUCCUGGUUGUCAAUGAGCAGGACGCACAGUCCAGGGCCAUGUACUGGGAGCUGAAGAAGAGGACGGCAGAGGGCAUCCCUGUGUAUCAGCAGAGCCCACUGCAAAACAACGUCUGGGAAAUCUUGGAGGGAGACAAGGAUGAUUUUUUAGUUUAUGACAGAUGUGGACAUCUCACCUUCCACAUUGUCCUGCCCUUCAGCUUCCUUCACUACCCUUAUAUAGAAGCUGCCAUCAGGGCUACAUACCACAAAAAUAUAUGCAACUGCUCAUUACAUGCAAACUCCUCCAUAUCUGAAGCCUUCGAGAACAACACAAGCAAAGCAAGUGAACCUAAAGUAGUGAACAACCAGAAGACUAACCAUUCAGGGCCUGUAACUGUUCAGCAUCAUCACCAUAAUCAUGAGCAUCAUCAUAAUCAACAUGUGCAUUAUCAUCAGCACCAACAUGUGCAUCAUCAUCAUCAAAAUAAAAAUAACAGCACAGGUGAUUCAGAUGUGACCAGAGUACCAAAGGAAUCAAUCCAGCAUUCACAUCAAGAACAUAGUCAUCACACAAGUUAGUUGUUGUUGUUGUUUUUUGUUUUUUUUCUCGAUAAUUGUUGUAUUUUGGCUUAAAACUUUACUUUUUUAAUCUAUAUGGAGCUGCUCUUGUGUCAGACCUUAUAUUUACCUUUAAGGGGAAUUCAGUUGGUUCUCAUUGCUCUUAAUGAAGUGUGCACUUUAAACCUGAGUCAGGGGUCUGCAUACGGAUGUUGUUGAGCAGAAGAGUCAUUUACACUAGACUUCUGUUGUCCUCCUUCCUUUUAGAGAAUAUCUAAGAGUGCUGAAUGCAAGAGUUUGCUAUUUGUAUUAUUUGUUUACUGACUUGUAUUUAUGUGAUUAUACGAUGCAUUAAGGAAAUAUGUUUAUGACCCAAAGUUGUAUGCAAGGAGCUGCAUAAAAAUAAAUCUACAUCAGCAUUUAAUAUA